AUGCGGCUGGCCUCGCUACAAAGCCAGUUGCUUCUUGCUGGAUGCGCGUGUGCACAGUCCGGAAUCACCGCCCCGAUUUCAGAGGUCUGUGGCCCUUCGGUGACUUGCAUCAAUCGUUAUGCAAAUGUCCUACCCUAUCACUUCUUUCGCAACGUAUCUACCCUGGAGGCUCCCACAACAUUCGGUGAUACCACAGUUGCCAACGGUUCUGCGCUGUCAGAAGUGAAAUCGGCUGAUUUUGUUGUAUUCGACAAAGAAAGGGGGCUGGAGAUACUGGGAUCAAAACCCAGCUACGAGUUCAUGUUCGCCGUGUCCGAAGCCGUCCACGAAGCGCCUGUUUACGUGGCGUCGCAAAACAAACUCUACCUGUCACAGUUGGCUCCUCCCGCAGGAUACCUGCCUCAGCUCGUGGUCGAUCUAAAUCAAGACCCUCCUACACUGUCAGAGUUUCUUUCCGAACCCCCCGUCUAUGCCCCCAAUGGCGGCACUUUCCAUAACGGCAAGAUCAUCUGGGGAGCCUCCGGCGGUAAUCGAUCCGUCGGCGGUGGUGAGCAGCGUGUAUCUUUGAGGACAUUGGAUCCAGAGACCAACAAGACCACGAAUCUGGUUAAUAACUAUUAUGGCUACUACUUCAACACCAUCGAUGACCUCGCGGUACAUCCGAAGACGGGAGAUAUUUGGUUCACAGACCCUCACUACUCCUGGUUCAAUGCCCUUACCGAUACCCCUCCACAACUUCCGUCGGCUAGCUAUAGGUACAAUGCGUCCUCGGGUGCCGUCAUGGUCGUGGAUGACAGUAUUGGCCAGCCCAAUGGCAUUGCGUUUAAUCCGGACGGCACCACAGUAUACAUCAGCGACACGGCCGCGAUUAGCGGACCCGUUGACCCCAACGCCGGGCAUCCGGGAACCCCGUUUAAUACAACCCACCGCAGGACUGUCUAUGCUUUUGAUGUGAGCGCCGACGGUACCCAGGCAUUGAAUAAACGCCCUAUCUAUUUGGCCGCCGGGUUCGUGCCUGACGGCCUCAAGGUGGCUGCGAAUGGGUAUAUUCUGGCAGGAACCGGGCAAGGCGUUGACGUACUAGACCCUGUUGGCCAGCUUCUCCUGACCAUCCAGACGAACUACACGGUGCAAAACUUUGCUUGGACAGGCCCCGAACUUAAAACCCUCUGGUUGAUGGGGAACGGGGGAAUCAGCAAAGUCGAGUGGGAGCUCGCAGGCCAGCAAUUGAAUUGA